AUGGUCUCAGCUACAGAGCACAGGGACAAGGACCACAUGGUCUCAGCUACAGAGCACAGGGACAAGGACCACAUGGUCUCAGCUACAGAGCACAGGGACAAGGACCACAUGGUCUCAGCUACAGAGCACAGGGACAAGGACCACAUGGUCUCAGCUCACACAGGCACAGGACAAGGACCACAUGGUCUCAGCUACAGAGCACAGGGACCACAUGGUCUCAGCUACAGAGCACAGGACCACAUGGUCUCAGCUACAGAGCACAGGGACAAGGACCACAUGGUCUCAGCUACAGAGCACAGAGGACCACAUGUCUCAGCUACAGAGCACAGGACAAGGACCACAUGGUCUCAGCUACAGAGCACAGGGACAAGGACCACAUGGUCUCAGCUACAGAGCACAGGGACAAGGACCACAUGGUCUCAGCUACAGAGCACAGGACAAGGACCACAUGGUCUCAGCUACAGAGCACAGGGACAAGGACCACAUGGUCUCAGCUACAGAGCACAGGACAAGGACCACAUGGUCUACAGCUACAGAGCACAGGGACAAGGACCACAUGGUCUCAGCUACAGAGCACAGGGACAAGGACCACAUGGUCUCAGCUACAGAGCACAGGGACAAGGACCACAUGGUCUCAGCUACUACAGGGAGCACAUGGUCCAGCUACAGAGCACAAGGACCACAUGGUCUCAGCUACAGAGCACAGGGACAAGGACCACAUGGUCUCAGCUACAGAGCACAGGGACAAGGACCACAUGGUCUCAGCUACAGAGCACAGGGACAAGGACCACAUGGUCUCAGCUACAGAGCACGGACAGCACUGUCUCAGCUACAGAGCACAGGGACAAGGACCACAUGGUCUCAGCUACAGAGCACAGGGACAAGGACCACAUGGUCUCAGCUACAGAGCACAGGGACAAGGACCACAUGGCUCAGCACAGAGCAGCAGGGACAAGGACCACAUGGUCUCAGCUACAGAGGCACAGGGACAGGGACCACAUGGUCUCAGCUACAGAGCACAGAGGACCACAUGGUCUCAGCUACAGAGCACAGGACCACAUGGUCUCAGCUACAGAGCACAGGGACAAGGACCACAUGGUCUCAGCUACAGAGCACAGGGACCACAUGGUCUCAGCUACAGAGCACAGGGACAAGGACCACAUGGUCUCAGCUACAGAGCACAGGGACCACAUGGUCUCAGCUACAGAGCACAGGGACAAGGACCACAUGGUCUCAGCUACAGAGCACAGGGACAAGGACCACAUGGUCUCAGCUACAGAGCACAGGGACAAGGACCACAUGGUCUCAGCUACAGAGCACAGGGACAAGGACCACAUGGUCUCAGCUACAGAGCACAGGGACAAGGACCACAUGGUCUCAGCUACAGAGCACAGGGACAAGGACCACAUGGUCUCAGCUACAGAGCACAGGGACAGGGACCACAUGGUCUCAGCUACAGAGCACAGGGACAAGGACCACAUGGUCUCAGCUACAGAGCACAGGGACAGGACCACAUGGUCUCAGCUACAGAGCACAGGGACAGGGACCACAUGGUCUCAGCUACAGAGCACAGGGACAAGGACCACAUGGUCUCAGCUAGAGAGUAUGACUGACACAUGGUUCCUCUACAGGGUUCUUGGUGUAUGA